GUUGCUUUGUACCAUCUUUGUCUCCAAGCACAAUUCCGCUAAUUCUUCAAUUGUGCACCGAAAUAUGGCUCUUCCAUUACCGUCUGGCCUUGUGCCGACAGAAGUAGCUUUCCUCUGCGAGAUGGAACUUGUCACCAUAGUUCCUCGGCAAAGACUCGACUCGAUUCCGCUCCUCAGCGGAAAUACCCCAGUUCUGCGACCACCUCACCGCGCUGAGCUUCCGCUAUGGCUUGCGAUAUUACUGAAGAAGCAACGGCGCGCCAACAUUAUCCCCCCGCCUUGGUUACAUCCCGAUUCUCUGAAGGAUAUUCUACACCACGAGACGAACGAAGACCCCGAGGCCUUCUCCCCGCCUCCACCGCCGUUGAUGAGGUCUGAUGGGAGGGGAGGCGUAAAACCUUACGGUCAAUCGUCGUCUGAGAUUAAACCUGGGGAUAUGGUACUGUCGCCGCCAUUUCUCCCGUCGUGUACGCAGGAGGCGCCUUCGGGCUACUUGCCUUAUCACUGGCUCGAGUUGUCGGAAACCUUACUGGCGCAUGCCGCGGACGAUAUACCGAAUUCACCCGAAGUACGGACGUUGCUGCGAGAUCUCCAGGAAGUACGCGCCGCAAAAAUGAGAGGCAGUACAGUACACCUAGAAGGUGGCGGUGGUGUCCUCAAUUUGCGAGGAGUCGGAGCUAUGGAAUUGGCGGAGAGUCGUGGGUUCGUGUUGGGCGUUGUUGAAGGUGUGAGGAAGCUGGGCGCAAGUGCUGAGGCGGGCAGAAGAGAAGAGGAGGAAGAUGAUCGCGCGAACGGUAGAGGCGAUGAAAGUGAUGAGGAGAUGGCUUUUUAAAAAUGGACAGAUCCACGAUUACGAGACACGAUAUGGCAUUAAAUGCGACAUGAAAAUUACGGACAUUGGCAUAUCAUCGAACUGGCGUUCUAUCACAUCGGCAGGCAUA